UGCCCAUGACUAGUCAGGUAUCAUAUGUUCUAAAAAUUCUUGAGGCACACCGGUUGAGAAUCGCUGACUUAGGUGGAAAUAAGACUAUUUAAAACAUUUAUGCUGAACAGACCAGAGAUCCCAAACAACGGUGUGUAUAAUUUACGUUUAAACUGCUGUUCAUCAUUCCUAUUUUUUCUUUUCAAGGUGGUUUCCUUUUGGAACAAAGUCUUUUCAACCCAGGCUUGGCAAAAAUGAAUCAUCACAGAUAUUUACAGAAAGAGAUGUGGGAGUUGAUAUUCUUUUUUUACGAUGAAAUCCAUAAAGUGUUCUUUUAUAAUGGAAAAAAUCUGAACCUGUUUACAUACGUGUUUUACGCCCUGACAAUCAUUAUUGAAAUAGUGUGUGGUUGGUGUAAUUUGUAUACAUCUGCCUACAGAAAAUUACGGUUCGUUUCCACAGCUCUUGGCUAGACUUCAUAAAGGCAAGAACUGUGUUAGCCUGUUAAUUGCGCUAUCCCACCACUAGAAUCUAAGCUUCCUAGACUUUUACUUUGUUCACAGUGGCCAGGCCUAGUGCCUGCUUAAAGAGAUCUAGAGAUUCCAGUUGGAAUCAAGUUGGCAGCCAGAUCCUUAUACUUUGCCCAUGAGGAGCAGCUCUUAUCAACAGCAGUGACAGAACCUGUGGUUUGGAAAAGGACUGAUGGCUCUGAGCCCAGGUUGGAGGACAUUUGCACCAUUUCCAAUGAACCACUGUGGUGUCUUUUGGAAGGCCAUGAGAAGCAGUGGUUUCUCCUUGUUUCCCUGGGGCCACUGUCCCUGGAGAGGGUCUGGAAGCUUUUUGGAUCCUGAGAUGAAAGCUUUCCUGGAGGAGAACACUGAAGUCACCAGCAGUGGCAGCCUCACCCCUGAGAUCCGGUUGCGGCUUUUGACCCCCAGAUGCAAGUUCUGGUGGGAAAGAGCUGACCUGUGGCCCCACAGUGAUCCUUACUGGGCAAUCUAUUGGCCAGGAGGCCAAGCCCUGUCUAGGUAUCUUUUGGAUAAUCCUGACGUUGUCAGAGGAAAAUCUGUGUUAGAUCUUGGGAGUGGCUGUGGAGCUACAGCUAUCGCUGCUAAGAUGAGUGGGGCAUCGAGGAUCUUGGCCAAUGACAUAGACCCUGUUGCAGGAAUGGCUAUCACACUAAAUUGUGAAUUGAACCAACUGAGUCCUUUUCCCAUUUUAACCAAAAAUAUUUUGGAUUUGGAACAAGAUAAGUGGGACCUUGUUGUGCUUGGAGAUAUGUUUUAUGAUGAAGACCUUGCGGAUAGUCUUCAUCGAUGGCUGAAGGAUUGCUUUUGGACCCACAGAACUCAAGUACUGAUUGGUGACCCUGGCCGACCUCAGUUCAGAGGCCACAGCAUUCAGCAUCAACUGCACAAAGUGGUAGAAUAUUCUCUUCCAGAACCUACUAGGCAGGAAAACAAUGGACUGACAACAAGCACAGUGUGGGAUUUCCAGCCUUGAGCUGUCAAAAUGCUUCCAAGUAUGGAUCUAGCUAUGUUUGGGUUUAACCCUAAAAGACUAGUUUGAAGAAUGCAACUCCUGUUAAAUGGCAAAUCUUGUUUCCCAAAUAUGAAGGUUUAAAGUUUUGUCAGCUUUUGUCAUGUAACUAGUUCUCCAUUAUGCCAAAUAUACAAAUCUCUACCUGUAAUUUUUUUCUAGUUUUACUGCUAUAGGAAUAUAAUUGUAGAAGGCAAUACCCAGUGGUAGCAAUAUGUAAUAUAAGUUGUGGAGAGAAUUAGAUAUGGUAGCUGAGUCUGUUUCUAUAGUUGAGGACAACUAUAUGAUGUACUAUUGAAUUAAACAAUCAAAGUACAAAAUAUAGAAUACAGUACUUAGUACAUAAUAGGGUCUUAAUUGACAACCAUGGAUAAAAAUAAAGAUUUUGGAAUUUCCUACAUACUUUGUACUGACACCUGAUGCCUCUUCGUGGCUCACUAAGGUUAGUAGGAAUUGGUUAUGCCACCACUACAUGUCCCAGGUUUUCAGGAUCCUAUAUAUAAAAAACUCACUAUGAUAUAAACAGGAAACAAUGUGAAGAAGAGAUGUAUGAUAUACCACUAUGUAAAAAGAUGUACAUGUAUAUUGAGGGCAAGAAUGAAGACAGGGAAAGUACAAAAUGGAGUCACUUUAACCAAGCUGCUAAAUUAUUAACAUAAUGAAGGUUGAGGCACAAGGAAACGAUUACUUUUCUCGUUUUAACUAGCCUGGGAACUUCAACUUUUGAACUUUCCAGUCCUAUGUCAAUGCCCAGAUGUUUAUUUACCUUCAGAUAACCCUCUACCUCCUAAAGGACUCAGAAUGUACCCAGACCUCCUGGUGCCCAUCCUCCAGACUCCCUGGCAUCCAGCAUCCAGACCUCUGACUUCUGGCUGUUAACGGUCCUGGACCAAUCCUAGGGCUAAGAAUGCAGGACUGAUUAUUCUCAAGGACAUGGCUUUUACUGUAAGAACUCUUAACUUUUCUUCUUCAGAAUACUUCUGGGUUGUUGCCUAGCUGUGUUUCCAGUGUGCAAACUCUAAGACCCUUGAAUAAAUAUUUGUUAUUUUUUUCUA